CGGUGAGGGCGCAUCGCGGAAAAUUGUCAAGAUGGCGACCCUAGUCUCGUGAGUCAACGCAGCGGAAAUCCGCUCCGUUAAGUGAGUUGGACUCACUUGACGAUCGUUUUCAAUCCGAUCUUUUUCAAAAUGGAGACUUCUGAGAUGAAAUGCCAUUGGAACUGUUGCCAAGCUCUGUGCACGAACAACUACAAAACCAAGCCAUCUGUGGCCGCUUACCGAGUUCCUCCUGACAGCCAUAUUCAAAAGCUGUACGCUUGUGCUUUACAUACAGACAACGUCAACUGGAGUAAAGCGUACUGCUGUGCUUCUCACUGGACUGGCGGACAGAGACUGUCUCUUGAUCAUAUACCAGACAUUGCUGUUCCAGAUAAUGUAAUUAAUGCUUUGGAAGAAAGGUUGGCGAAAACCCCCCGAAAAGAGAGGCAAAAGAAAAUUUAGGUCAAACUUCUUAAGGCAAAACGACUGAGAAAAUUGGAUGUUGCUCCCAGACGAGCACCAACCGAUCGUAGCAACCGACCAAAUGUUGCCCCAGUAAAAUGCAAAUCAAGACUGGGGAGAAAGCUUUUCAACGAAAAUGAAAAGCUGAAGUCUAGAAUGGCUGACAUAGAGGAAUUGGAAAGGGAAAAGCAUCAGCUGGAAAAGAAAUUGGAAGAACAAAAGAUGCUUCAAGAAUCCAGCAGUGAAAAUAAGAACCACAAUGUUCAAGACAACAUUCAAAAUGCAGAAUGCAAAAUAGAAACAAAGGCACGUGUACAUCUGCCGUUUGAAACGUUAUCUGAAAAUAAGAUCAAAUUCUCAGAAAUAUCUGGACUAACUGUAGAAGAAUUCAUUACCUUGUAUAGAGUCCUAGAGCCAUACUUAAGUGCAAUUGCUUAUCCUGGAUGUAUCUCUUUAAGCCGCAGGUUAGAUAAGCAAAAUGAACUACUGUGUUUGCUUACAAUAUGGAGACAGGGGAUGAAACAAAAUGUUGCAUCAUACUUGUUUGGCAUCUCAGAAAAGACUGUUAGCCGCUUAGUUGAGGCUUGGACAUUAUUUAUUCCAGCUGUUUUGGAUCAGAUUGAUUUGUGCCCUUCAAAAGACUUUAUUUUGUCCCAAAUGCCAAAGGUAUUUAAAGGCGCAGGGUAUGGAGACACGUCAUUGAUACUCGAUUGCACCGAAUUUAAACAUGAAAACUUCAGUGACUAUCAGCUGAAUGGCAUGAAUGUUUCAGACUACAAAAAUGCAGCCACUUGCAAAUCCCUUGUUGCAAUUACUGCCAAUGGUUCAGGGACCUUUUUUAGUAACUGCUAUCCAGGUUCAAUAACUGACUCAACAUUGACAGAACAGGUUGAAGAUGAAGUCAUGAAACCAGUCUAUGAAGGCAGUACUGUACUGACUGACAAGGGAUUUAACAUUUUCGACCUUUGCCUCAAAAAAGGGGCUGUUCUGAACAAACCCUCACUUCAUUCUAAGGAUCAGUUUGAUCAAUUUGAGUGUCACCAAAACUUUGAUAUUGCAUCUCUGCGGAUUCACGUUGAACGUUUUAUUGGCCAAGUAAGACAAUGGGAAAUUCUUAACAAAAAUGGCCAAUCACACAACUAGACUUGUUGUCACACAUUUGGCGAGGUAUUUGCCUUAUGUUUGUACUGCUAAGGAAGCCUAUUGGACCAAAAGUAUGAACCCUUGGUAAGAUUUCCUAGAUGCAACUUUCAUAGUAAGAAGUUAAGAACACCAACUGAAGUACAAAGAUGAAACAUGGUGACAGUGUGUUCAUGGUGUUUAGUCUUUUAUUUUCAGAAGUAGCAAUUUAUUUUUCCUUUGAUUAACCUGUUUUUAUAAAUAAAACCUGUUAAAUGGA